UCAGAGUUCAGCAAUCCGUCCCUCCCUUCCUGUUCAGACACACCCUCCAUCUGCCAGCCAUGGAGUUCGACCUUUCUGCAGCCCUAGGUGCUGAUUCCAAGAAGACUGAAAAAGGUGGUCUGCCUGCCAACCCCCCACACGGCCCCCCCAAGCCUCAGGCACUCGGACAGGGGAUUUCUAAGAAGGCCAAGGCUGGGCAUGGCAAAUCCUCAGAUUCCAGCAGCAGCAGCAGCAGCAGCUCCAGCGAUUCUGACACAGAUGGGAAGCCUCCGGGGCCUGGCCAGGGCCCCCAGAAGGAGAAGAAACUGAAGAAGGUGAAGGAGACCAAGGAAAAAGGGGAGAAGGAAAAAGGGAAGAAGGAAAAAAGGAAGAAGGGGGAGAAGGGAUCGGCCCCCUGAAAGCAGCCUGGGUCUGCAUUAAACAGGCCUUGGAGAUGAAGCCUCUGCCACCCCAAUGUGUGACCGCCCACACCCAGCCAAUAAAGGGCAGGGACCACUCA